AUGGCGGACUCACGGGACACCGCCUCGGGCCCGGGGCCGGAGGGCCGGCGGAGGACCUGGGCCCAGCUGCUGGCCGGAAGGGUCGAGAGGCAGAGACACAACCCCGAAAGGGAGCGGAGACUACAGGAGUCAGCCGUGCACCUCCUGAGAAGCCGCCUGAGCUUGAACGACCUUCUGCUCGAGGUAGAAGGUCCACCAUGUAAAAAAUUGUGUCUGAGCAAAUUGAUUGGUUGUGACAGUCCUGAGGCUUACACUAAUCAUUCUAGUUCACUUAUAGGCUCUGCUUUGCAGGAUCAGGCCUUGAAGCUGGGGGUUCCUGUGGGAAUCCUGUCGGCCAGGGUGGUCGCCUCUGGCCUGGAGCAGGUCUGUGAGGCUGCAGCAGAGCCCAGUCACCUCGUGCUGCUGAACCCGGAGCAGAGAAAGAAACUGUCUUCUUUGCUAGAGAUUGCUCAGUAUUUACUGGCACACAGCAUGUUCUCACGUCUUUCCUUCUGUCAGGAACUGUGGAAAGUACAGAAUUCUUUGUUGCUUGAAGCUCUGUGGCAUCUUGAUGCACAGCACGUCGUGAGCCUCCAAGAGCUGCUGGAAAGCCACCCUGACAUUCAGGCCGUGGUGGCAUGGCUCUCCAGGAACCUGUGCCUUCUGUGCGAACAGAUAGAAACAUCCUGCCAGUACACUGACAUCGCCAGGACUAUGCUUUCUGAUUUUGUGCGAAUGCUUAUUUUGAGUGGAUUUCAGAAAGAUUCGGAUCUGCGAAGAACUGUGGAGCCUGAAAAGAUGCCCCAGGUUGCCCUUGGUGUGCUGCAGAGAAUGCUGAUCUUUGCGCUUGAUGCUUUGGCUGCUGGUGCGCAGGAGGAGUCCUCAUCACACAAGGCAGCACGGUGCUGGUUCAGCGUGUUCAGUGGACACACAUAUUCCAGUAUAAUCUCAACAGAUUCUCCAAAGAGGUUUUUCAGUCAUACUCUGACUCAGAUAUUGACUCACAACCCUGUGCUGAAAGUGUCUGAUGCCAUUCAAAUGCAGAGAGACUGGAGCUUUGCCAGGACCCACCCUCUGCUCAGCAUGCUGUUCCGGAGGCUCUUUGUGAUGUUGAGUCCAGAGGAGGUGGUUGGCCACUUGCAAGAAGUUCUGGAAAUACAAGAGGUGAACUGGCAGCAUGUACUCUGCUGCCUGUCUUUGCUGGUCGUCUGCUUCCCAGAAGCACAGCAGCUGGUCAAAGAUUGGGUGGACCAUUUGAUGACCCGUGCGUUUGAGAGCUACCACCUGGACAGCAUGGUCACCGCAUUCCUGGUUGUGCGCCAGGCAGUGCUGGAGAGCCCCUCUGUGUUCCUGUCGUAUGCAGACUGGUUUAAGGCCUCCUUCGGGAGUACACGUGGCUACCACGGCUGCAGCAAGAAGGCACUGGUCUUCCUCUUCAAGUUCUUGUCUGACCUCGUGCCCUUCGAGGCCCCCUGGUACAUGCAGGUGCACAUCCUCCACCCCCCGCUGGUUCCCAGCAAGUACCGCUCCCUCCUCACGGACUAUGUCUCGCUGGCCAAGACACGGCUGGCUGACCUCCAGGUUUCUGUGGAAAACAUGGGGCUCUACAAGGACUUGUCAUCCGCAGGGGACAUGACAGAGCCCCACAGCCAGGCGUCCCAGGAUGUUGAAAAGGCCAUCGUGGUGUUUGAGCGCACGGGGAGAAUUCCAGUCACUGUCAUGGAGGCCAGCAUAUUCAGGAGGUCCUACUACGUGACCCACUUUCUGCCUGCCCUGCUCACACCUAGAAUGCUCCCGAAAGUCCCUGAUGCCCGAGUGGCUUUUAUAGAGUCUCUGAAGAGAGCAAAUAAAAUUCCCCCGUCUCUAUACUCCAUGUACUGUCAUGCCUGCUCCACGGCUGAAGAGAAGCCACUAGAAGACACAGCCCCAGGAAUCAGCGCAGAACCCAGCUGUGCUGAAGCGCCCCUGGGAUUACUCACGGCUGCACUGGGAGAGCUCAGAGCGUCGAUGGCAAACCCCACCCAGAGUGACGUUAUCUCUGUGCAGAUAGCCAUGAUUUCUGCAAAAGUGAGGGCUGCCUUGGGCCACAGUGAGGAUGACGGCAGCUUUGAGAUGUCAAAGAUUCAGCUCAGUGUCCUUGCUCCAAAACUUGAGCAGCAAGAACAGAAGGUAGUGGACCUCCUGCUGACGUCUUUUUGUCAGAACCUAAUGGCAGCCUCCAGCUUCACCCCCCCAGAGAGGCAGGGCCCCUGGGCCGCCCUCUUUGUGAGGACCAUGUGUGGACACAGGCUGCUCCCCGCGGUGCUCACCCGGCUCUGCCAGCUGCUCCGUCAACAGGGCCCGAGCUUGAGUGUCCCACAGGUGCUGGGCUUGGCCGCCGUGGCCAUCCACUUGGGUGAGUCCAGGUCUGCUCUCCCGGAGGUGGAGGUGGACCCUCCUGCCCCUGCUGGGGGUCUCACCAUCCCGGAGCUGCUAGACAGCCUCCUGACCUGCAGCACCAGGGAGUCUUCGCUCUUCUGCCUGAGAUUUUGUACAGCAGCAAUUUCUUAUUCUCUGUGCAAGUUUUCUUCCCAGAAAAAUGAUAACUUGUACAGCUGUUUAUCUCCAGGCCUUGUAAAAAAGUUUCAGUUCAUCGUCCUCAGGCUGUUCUCAGAGGCCCGAGAGCCUCUUUCUCGGGAGGACGCAGCUGGCCUUCCCUGGAGACCCAUGCUCCUUCCCUCGGCAGACUGGCAGCGAGCCGCCCUCUCCGUGUGGAGACAGAGGACCUUCCAAGAGCUGUUGAAGGAGAAAGACUUUCACCUAACUUACAGAGACUGGUUACAGCUGGAACUGGACGUGCAGCCUGAAGCUGAUGGUCUUUCAGAUACAGAGAGAUGGGACUUCCACCAGUGGGCGAUCCACGAGCACUUCCUGCCUGCACCCGCUGCUUCUGGGGGCUGCGAGGGAGACCUGGAAGCUGCCUGCACGGUUCUUGUCAACGUGCUACUGGACUUCUACCAAAGUUCAAGGAGUUAUGACCACUCAGAGAGUUCUGACUUGGUCCUUGGUAGCCGCACAGGAAAUCGGGAUAUUCUUUGCAGAUUGCAGGAGAUGGCUGUUGAGCUGGAGUUGGAGCAGGGCCCAGGGGCCCCCCACGGCCGCUCCCCCUCUCAGGGGCACUUCCUCUUUGGGGUUUUCCGCAGACGGCUCCAGGCUCUGGCAAGUGGGUGCGGUGUGGCCGCCAGCCUGCAGAGACAGCGGGAGCUGCUCAUGUACAAACGGAUCCUCCUCUGCAUGCCUCCAUCUGUGCUCGUCAGCAGCUUCCAGGCCAGACAGCCCACCACUCCCAGCUGCGAGGAGUUCUUCAACCUGGUCAACUCUGAGCUGAGAAACUUCUCCCAUGGAGGCGUCCUGACCCACGACAUCACCAUCCACUUCUUCAGGGGGCUCCUGAAUGCCUGUUUACAUAGCAGAGACCCCUCCCUGACAGCCAACCUGACCCUGACUGAGUGCCAGACCAAAUGCCCCUUGAUUCUGACCUCUGCUCUGAUGUGGUGGCCACGCCUGGAGCCAGUGCUGUGCAGUUGGUGGAGGAAACACUUCCAGACCUUGCUGCCCCAAGAGCUGCAGAGGCUGCAGGAGGCCCGGCAGUUUGCCAGCGACUUCCUCACCUCCAGCACAGCCUCUCCCGCGUCCAACCCUGCCUGGGUCUCGGCGGCAGCGCUACACUUGAUGAUUCAGCAGGUUGGGAAGGAAAACAUUAGGAGACAGCUGGAGAAACUGGACUGCGAAAGAGAGCAGGUGCUGGUUUUCCUGUUUUUCUUUUCCUUGAUGGGCCUGCUCUCCUCACAUCUGACCCCAAGUGACGCCGUUGACUCCCUGAAAACUCUAGAAGUUUGUGCUGAGAUCCUCACGUGUUUGGAGAAAAGGAAGAUAUCCUGGCUAGGGCUCUUUGAGUUGACAAAGACAGGUGCCGGGCUAGGGCAGCUUCUCCUCCGCAUGGCCCCGGAUCAGCACACCAGGUUGCUGCCAUUUGCCUUCUACAGCCUUCUCUCCUACUUCAACGAAGACACUGCUGUCAGGGAAGAGGCCUUCCUGCGUGUUGCUGUCAACAUGUACCUGAAGCUGAUCCAGCUCUUCAUAGCCGGGGAGACGUGUGCAGUCUCGGCUGUGGCUGGCAGGAGUCCAGAGCUCCAGGGCCAGGGCAAUCCUGUAGAACUGAUAACAAAAGCUCGCCUUUUUCUGCUGCAGUUAAUACCUCGGUGCCCCAAAAACAGCUUCUCAAACAUGGCAGAGGUCCUGGCUGAUUGUGGAGACAGUGACCCAGAAGUGAGUGCUGCUCUCCUGAGCAGGCAGCAGGACGUGCCUGACGCUGACCUGUACCAGGAACCCCGUCUCUUCUGACUGAUACGUCACAGCGCACCAGCCUCGCUCUUUUGUAAAUAAUUUAUUAUGAGCAUAACAUGGAGAUCUUGUUGUACUAAAAAGUGGAUUACAAAUCUCCUUGAUCGCUUUAGCAGGGAAAAGGAAUCGAUUACUUAUAAUCUGUGUCUGGCCCCAAGUUACUUGGUGUUUGAAGGGAAAUAAACUGCUGGUCCCAGAGCGAAGACAAAGGCUGUGUGGGCUGCACACCGAGCCAACCUCCACCAUACCGAGGGAGAGUGACCCUCCAGAUCCUCCGGCAGGUGGCUGCCGUUUAUAUGGAGUGGGGGUACAGCAAGGCUGUGCCAUUGGGAGUAAU